AUGACCUGCUUUAUCUCCAGCUCAAACCCUUAUGCUGCCCUGGUGGACUGCCUACGUGCCACCUGGCUAACAGGAAAGACACGACCUAUAGAAUAUCGGAGGAAACAGCUGGAGGCACUGGGCUGCUUUCUGGAGGAGAAUCGGUGUGAAAUCCUGCAAGCCGUUAAUGCAGACAUGCGCAGGUGUGCUUUUGAAGGAGAAAUGGCUGACAUUUCUCUUGUUAUGAAUGAGGUGAACAACGCACUCAACUGCUUGCACGGCUGGAUGAUGGAUGAGUGUGUCAGCAAGAACCUGGCCACAAAGUUUAGAAGUGCCAUCAUUCGCAAGGACCCCUAUGGUGUGGUGCUCAUCAUUUCACCCUUUAAUUCCCCCUUUAACCUCACCUUGGUUCCUCUGGUGGGCGCCAUUGCAGCUGGAAAUUGUGUGAUUGUGAAACCUUCAGAGCUAAGCAGAUGCAGUGAAAAGCUAAUGGCUGAAGUGCUGCCUACCUACCUUGACCCAGAAACCUUUGCAGUGGUGACAGGUGGCCAUGAACCAACUGCCAGAUUAUUGGAGAACAAGUUUGAUUACAUCUUGUAUUCAGGGAAUAGGCGUGUUGGGAAGGUUGUCAUGAGUGCAGCAGCCAAACACCUGACACCAUUGACUCUGGAGCUGGGAGGCAAAAAUCCCUGCUACGUGGAUUCCUGCUGCAAUUUCCAGAAUGCAGCCAACAGAAUAGUCUGGGGAAAGUUCUUCAAUGCUGGACAGAAUUGCACUGCGCCAGAUUACGUGAUUUGUACUACUGAUACGCAAGACAGGCUGAUUCCCUGCUUACGUCAUGCUAUUCGUUGUUUCUAUGGCUGCAAUCCUCAGGAAUCACCUGACUUUGCCCGCAUGAUCAAUGACGAGCAUUUCCAGCGUGUCCGUGCACUUAUAGACAAUGGGCGAGUGGCCAUUGGUGGGGAGACAGAUGAAUGUGACCGCUACAUUGCUCCCACAGUGCUGGCUGAUGUUAAGGAAUGGGAACCAGUCAUGCAACAGGAAAUCUUUGGGCCUGUCUUGCCUAUUUUCACUGUGGCAGGCUUGGAAGAAGCCAUCCAAUAUAUCAACAGCAGGGAUCGCCCACUGUUUGUCUAUGCUUUCUCCUGUAACCACCAGACUGUGCACCGGGUAUUGGACUGCACCAGCAGUGGUGGCUUUUCUGGAAACGAUACCCUAAUGCAUAUGACAUUGGUCUCCCUACCAUUUGGUGGAAUUGGAUGCAGUGGGUUUGGCAAGUAUCACGGCCGGUUCAGCUUCGACACUUUCACUCACCAGCGUGGCUCCCUCAUCAGCACUAUGGGCUUUGAAGCGCUCAACAAUAUACGCUACCCACCCUACACUGAAAGCAAGCUGCAAAUGCUGAAGUUUGGCACAGAUGUGAGGCGCUGGAACCCCUGUACCAUGCUGUGAACUCCC